CACAAACGCGCGCGCACAACACACUCCCUCGCGGCUCACAGACAUCCAGAGCCGCUGCCGCUGCUGGUGGUUACGCCAGCCCCGCCGCCGCCGCCUGCUUCGCCUGCCUCUCGCCGCCUCCGAUUCUGCGCACACCGGCAGAGCCCCGCAGCCUGUCAUUCUGCACAACACACACUGUGGUUUCGCUCCAGCCGGAGGAGAGCGAGGGGCAAAGCCGAGCCAGGCGCGCGCGCCCGCCCGCCCGCCGCGAGAGCGAGAAGGCGCCCGGACGGAGCCCAGCAUGGCUUCAGGGGACCUUUACGAGGUGGAAAGGAUUGUAGACAAAAGGAAGAACAAAAAAGGCAAAUGGGAAUAUCUCAUACGAUGGAAAGGCUACGGAAGCAAUGAGGACACAUGGGAACCUGAACAUCAUCUAUUGCACUGUGAGGAAUUUAUUGAUGAAUUCAACGGACUGCACAUCACAAGGGACAAGCGGGCAAAGCAUGGGAAACAAGCCAACGUGCCCAAAUUUUUACGAGAGAGCAGAGGGUCAUCCCUCGACAAAAUAUCACACAGACCACCUGACGCUGGGAAGGGCAAGGGUUUGUCCCAUAAAAGGAAGCGCAUAGCCCCCUCCUUUCAGAAGCCAAGAAAGGGUUACACGGCGAAGCCUGCAUCCUCAGGAGACAGAGCUGCUAAAACGGUCUCUUACCGGACUACUCCCAGUGGUUUACAGAUUAUGCCGCUGAAAAAGUCUCACAAUGGCCUACAGAAUGGAGAUGCCAGUUAUGAGAAAGAUGCGAGACAUUUUGGGAAUGGCUCCCAAAAGCCAAACAUGGAUUUAAAUGAACAUGAAGGAGAACAUGAUUUGCCCAGUGUUUUGGAUGUUAAUAGUGAGUCACCUGUCAUGAACGGAAUCGGUUCUUCUCUGGCUAACGGAGGUCUGAAUCUCCAUAGCACUGUGAAAAGGAAGCUGGACGGAGAGAAGGAUUACGUCUUUGAUAAGAGACUAAGGUACAGCGUGCGUCAAAACGAGAGCAACUGUCGGUUCAGAGACAUUGUAGUACGCAAAGAAGAUGGAUUCACACACAUCCUCCUGUCCAGUCAGACCUCAGAUAACAAUGCACUGACUCCAGAGAUCAUGAAGGAAGUCCGGCGAGCGCUGUGCAAUGCGUCGGCCGAUGACAGCAAACUCCUGCUUCUCAGCGCAGUGGGCAGCGUCUUCUGCAGCGGCCUGGAUUAUUCCUACUUAAUUGGCAGGUUGUCCAGCGACAGAAGAAAGGAAAGCACUAGGAUUGCAGAAGCGAUAAGGGACUUUGUAAAAGCAUUUAUUCAGUUUAAGAAGCCAAUUGUGGUUGCCAUCAAUGGCCCAGCUCUUGGGUUGGGUGCCUCAAUUUUACCGCUGUGUGACAUUGUUUGGGCAAGCGAGAAAGCCUGGUUCCAGACGCCAUACGCAACCAUUCGUCUCACUCCAGCUGGCUGCUCAUCAUAUACAUUUCCACAGAUCCUGGGGGUUGCUCUGGCAAACGAAAUGUUGUUUUGCGGAAGGAAGCUGACAGCCCAAGAAGCCUGCAGCAGAGGUCUGGUCUCCCAAGUCUUUUGGCCCACAACGUUCAGCCAAGAAGUGAUGCUGCGAGUGAAAGAAAUGGCUUCCUGCAGCGCAGUGGUGUUAGAAGAAUCUAAAUGCCUGGUUCGGAGCUUCCUGAAAUCUGGACUAGAAGAUGUGAAUGAGAAAGAAUGUCAGAUGUUAAAACAACUCUGGAGUUCUUCCAAAGGACUGGAUUCAUUAUUCAGCUAUCUGCAAGACAAAAUUUAUGAAGUCUGACAUCGCCAUGCAACUUGAAAGAGGGCAAAAAAAAAAAAAAAUCCCAAGAGGGGAACCAAGUGAUUUCAAGCAUUUAAAAGGAUUCUUUGAGGUUUGCAAACAAAAUAACGUCCAACCCGGAUCUGAGAAUUCCUUCAGAGGGAUUUGUGACAGUGUAUCUAACAUGCAAACCUAUGGUUGUUUCCUUGUGAGUUCAGUGACUGUUUCCUAACACGUUCAGUCUUGUUUGACAAAGGGAGAGGCAGAUGUGUUACCGCACACCACCUUUGCCAAGAGCUGAAUCUUCUACACAUAUGGCUGGAGAGAAAUGUACAUUCCACAGGCUCAAAUGCACUAGUUGAGCUCUCCGAGGCACACGGCAAAUAUCAAUUUCUUAAUCUUUAUUUUUCUUUAAUUUAUUCUUGCAACUGUAAGCAACCUGUCUGUGUGUCAGCCUGAGAUACUUCAUCUGGAAUUUCAUUCAGUGCCACACUUUUGGGGCCCUCUUUAGAAAUAUUUUAAUUCUUCAGUUUUGUUUAUUAAAAUAUUAACAAUGGAAUGCAUUUUUUAAAGAUAUAUAAUUUAUAAGUAUGAUGUAUACAAAUAAUUUUGUUUUUUUUAAAAAACCUACUUGGAUUUUUCCUCCCUGCUGGUGAAUUUAUUUAGUGUGUGUGUGUGUGUGUGUGUGUGUGUGUGUGUGUGUGUGUGUGUGUGAGAGAGAGAGAGAGAGAGAGAGAGAGAGAGACUGUUAAUUGCAUUAACAUGUCAUUAUUUUCAUAUUUCCCUGUACUGGAUAAAACCUUUUGCACAAAACAUCUUUGGUUUACUUUAACAUAAUGAGCUGUGUGAACAAGAAAAAGAGAGUAAAGCAGAUGACACGCAAUCUUGUGGGGCAUUAAAAAGUAACAGCCAUAUCUGUGUUUCUAUAUGCAGAAAAUUGUACCCAAAGGUGCAAUUGUCUAUUCUCUCUAGAAGGAGUAGACAGCAUUGUUUAGAUUAAAUUCCUUAUGGGAAAGCAGUGAAAUGCCAAAGUUGCAAGUGUGAUAUACAUCCUCUUUCUCUUCCUGACGACUUAGGGCAUAGGGUAGGGUGUGCUGUAUUUAUUUUUUUUAAAGGCUAAUAUGUUUACUAUUUUUCUUAUUAGCUGGACAUUAAUAACAGGGUGCAUAGUGCCCUAAUGGUGGUACCAGCUAUUGAUUAAACAGCCCCUUUGUGCUAUGAAAUAGCACAAUAUUUGACCCUCAUCAGAGUCUUCUUCAGAUGGGAUAUAACUACCGGCUGGAAAGCUUUGAGAGAUGCUAGCAGGAACCUGCUAGAUAAUGAAUUAAAUGAAGGACGACUUCCAUAUUUUGGCUCUCAAUGGCUGAUUGCUCCAUCAGGAAACUGCAAGGUGAUCUAAAUUUCUAUCAGGACAACUUAUGAUUGUUUGCUCUUUGAAUGGGACUCCAAUAUUCCUGGGCAACAAUGUAUGGAUUUUUCCAUACAGCAUUAGUUUACUUUAUUGUAUGUAAGAAAUCCCUGAGGAACAGGAGGAACAUGUUCUUUGAAUGAAGGGAAGUUGCUGGUGAACCCGAUCCAUGAGCUUUGAAGAAGAAGGGGGGUUCAGGAGUGCUCUACGUUGGCUUAACUUUCAGCUACUGUACUGCGAUAAAAUGCUUGUUGUUUUUAAAUUGCAAAGAAGAAAGUACUAGUCAACAGUACUAGUAGUUGGAGAGUACUAGUACUCUCCAACUACUAGAUUCCAUGGAGUAGAGGGAUUUUGCCAAAAAAGAAAGAAAGAAAGAAGUCCCUUUUGUCCAUUCAUUGACCAUUCAUUGCUAAGUAUAUAAUCCUUUCCAUUUAAGUUCCACUGAGGAGAGGGAUGUUCUGAGCUUCCAAAUGAGGCCAUUGGUCUCCUUUUGUUUUGUUUUAUGCUUGGUACAGCACCGCCUUCUGGUUAGAAGGCAUCCAUGGAGAUUUCCUUGACUGGUUUCUGGUUAAGAUUUGUCUGAAUGUUUUUGGAAAGCAAUAUUAAAGGUGGCUUGUGGAAUCAUUCCUCCCCACAUACAUCUAAAGUAUAGACUAUUUUUUUCAGUCAUGAUUAAAUAGCUGUCCUUAUCUGUUAAGGAUUAUGGAUGGUCUCUCAAUAAAUUAACACAUCAUUUGCUACUGAAGUCCUAUUCUUUGGAACUCAUCACAUGAAACAGGGUUAUACUCUGAAACAUACAUUUUGUGGGUUAAAUGUUUGUAGUAUAUGACAUUAAACAAACUGGGAGCAGGGAAGAAACCAACCCUGUAGCAAAACACCCAAUUUGGUUUUGUUUUGGGUUGUGUGUGUGUGUGUGUGUGUGUGUGUGUGUGUGUGAAGUUGUACAACUCCAAGUAAUGUGUCAAAUAUUGAUGAACCAAGGCGAACCUUUUCCAUUACUAACACUUGCCUAGUGCAUAUGUGUUGAUCUCAUUCUUGGGAAUAUGAACUUGUGACUGUAGAACAAAGAAUUAUACUACAACUGAUACUGCAACAUGAAUAGUUUCAAUGGCAUUUUCUAAAUUUCCACAUUUUCAUUGGCAAAUGGGUAGAUUAUAGUUUCUUCAUAAAAUUAAGCUCUAAAGCAUUUAAACUUUUAAAAACAUUUUUCAUACCUAGAUGGUUAAUCUAAUUUCAGUUUUUCAAAGAAGACAGUAAUUAUGUAAGAGGGAAAUGCCUUCCUCAUUUAGUUUGAACGUUCUCUUGUCACUGGGAAUUCCGCUGUAGAGGUGUUCUGUGCAUACUAGCCUGGACACCAUUAUUAAUAUUCACAGUAUUUAAGAAAAUAAAUGCAAAUUUGUUGUUAAGUUUGUUAUAUUAUUUCUUGUAAAUGGUUUUGUACAAAUCUUUAAGGAGCAGGCAAUUUUGAAUUUGUAGAUAUGGAAAAGUAAGCAAUUCAUUUCCGUGUGUUUGUUCUGCAUGUAUAUUUUUGCUGUAUAUAAGGUGUGGCUUAGUUGGGUUCCCUUCUGUUUCAAUGAAUAAGCUUUCAGACUUUAAUACAGUAUAUAUUUUCAACAAUAUAAACUUUUAUAUUUCCGUGGUAGAUUAGGGUAAGCGUUUUAGGCAAUCCUUUCCCAUGAAUAACCAUUCUUUUAAGCUCAAGCUUUCUGAGUUUGUGCCAAUUAUUUUCCGCUUAGAAUAAUAUGCUGAUUUCCCCCCCUCUUUAAUGCAGGUAGAUUCUUUAUGUUUCUGCUUUUGCUUUUCGACCUUGAAAUAACUGAGUUGGAAGUAUAAUUUAUAAAUUUACUGCAUUUGUGAAUAAGCCUUACCAUUAGGUUGAAUCAAACAUUGUGAACUUCAUAAGUAAGACUGAGGGUCCAGCUAGACGUGAUGGUCCCAUGUUUUAGAUAUUUAAAAAAGCUAAAGAGGAUAAUUGUAUCCCAAGAAAGGGAGGUGCUGAAAUCUUUCCCUACCCAUACUUUUUUCCACCCCUUGCCUUUGCUACUUUUCUCCUAGCCAGAAAAAAGUUCCAUAAGGAGAGAAGCAGCUGAGGAAGAUGGUUUGGGUAAUCAGUGGGGAAAUUCUGCACAACUUGCAUCCCAACACAUGGGCUAUCUCACCAUCAUAUCUAGUUAGACCCUAAGGCAGAGGUACUCAAACUUGGGUUCACAGAUGUUGUUUGUCUAUGACUCUCAUCAUGUUGGGAGUUGUAGUCCAACUAUAUCUGGGGACCAGGUUUUCUGGGAAUCCCUGUCAUGAGGACUUCCUCCAAAUAGCAGCAUUCAGACAGCUGGCAAAUUCAGAGUGCAAGGCCUUAAGCUUUUUUCUUGUGACAUGGAUAAUACGGGUUGUUUCUUCUAAACAACAUAGUUAGGCUUGUAGACAUGGGCUUUGUUCAAUAUUAUAAAUGGUGCAUGUUGUUCACCCAGUCGUAUCAAUCAAACUCAGGCUCUUUUUUCUCUGUGGCUGGGUCUAUAAAAGUCAACUCUGGCUGAAGCCAGCUCUCUUUAGGAGACACUAAAGAAGUUUACAUAAGAGACUUAAUAGACAAUCUUAAUUGUAGUACAUUUGAGUACUUCAUAUCCUGGAUGUUUGAUCUCUGUCUACCCAAUUAAUCGUAUGUUUUAAAGCCAUACUAAAUCCCUUUGCUACUAGUUUAAAUACUAAAUGGAAAGUCAGUCACUAAUUCACUGGCAUUGUCAACAGGAGUUUGACAUGGAGAUGGGAUACAAUAAAUGAUAUAUCUUCCAUUUGAAAAAGGACCAAAGAGUUCCAUUAUUCUGACCAAGCAUUCGUUAGAAAAUGAACUAGUUUCACCUGUAUAGUAAAGAACAGCUGUUGACUUCGUUCCUACACACAUUUCAUUUCAUUCUUAUGCAUUUCAGGGAGAGAUAUAAAAGGCAGGGUGUCUAGAAAGGUCUAUCCACUGAAAAAUGGUUGGGAAAUGAGAAAUGGCCAGUAAAUGAUGGAGUCUAUUGGUAAGGCUUAUCACGAAACCUCGGAGAUAAAGCGGAGAACCAAAAACUAUUAAUGGAAUUUGCAAAAUUUGCCUGUGAGAACUUAUUUAAUUUCUAAUGAGUAGCUUGCACAAAGGAAUAAGUCUUCAGAUUAGACCUUUAAGUUAUUUUGUUUUCUGAGUACCAUAGGAUAAGUUGGAAGCAGAUUCUAAUAUUUGUGAUGAUGACACGUCCACAGUAUAAUGAAGUCGAGGGUAUGGGGCACCCCUUAAUCACAGUGUUGUAAAUAAUGUUUCUGAAACUAGUACAGUACGGAGGGACACGUAUCGUCCGCUAUAUCAGAUAUUGAGGUCAUUUAUAUAACCAAAAACGGAAUCACUUCUAACCAGGUUCUCCUCUUACCUUGCUUCCACACAACCGAAAACUGGGAGCACACACGACUCCCAGACCUGAGUAGAACACAGUUUUUGAUUGUGUGAAUGACCUCAUUGACUGUCUAGAUCAAAUUGUACACACUAUAUUUGUUGAUGGUCCUGUAAACUAGUGUAUGAACACAUUUUUCUGGGUGCCUUAGAAGUUGUAUUUUUCAUGUGUGUUAAUAUGCAGUAUUUAUACAUUGUGAGAAGCUGCUUUGAAUAAAAACAUUGAAACUUCCA